GGAUCCGGACCCAACUCCAAACCGCGUCUUCUGGGGGUCGAACACCUCCCCAGCGUCGAUGAGUAGGGGUUGAAGGCCACUGGAGGGCGGCCGUGAAAGGGCGGAGUCGUGACUUAUCUGUAUCCCAAGGAUCCAGCGCGCGCGAGAGAGAGAGGGGCAGCAGCGCAGCGAGGGUUUUUUUAUUACACCCAUCUCUAAAUAAAAUGGGGGACACCUUCCUUUUCACCUCUGAGUCUGUCAACGAAGGGCACCCUGACAAGCUCUGUGACCAGAUAUCGGAUGCUGUGCUUGAUGCUUGCCUCGCACAGGACCCAGAUAGCAAGGUUGCCUGUGAGACCUGCACCAAGACCAACAUGGUCAUGGUCUUUGGUGAAAUUACCACCAAGGCGAAUGUUGACUAUGAAAAGAUUGUUCGUGAUACCUGCCGGGCAAUUGGAUUCACCUCUGAUGAUGUUGGUCUUGAUGCCGAUGGCUGCAAGGUGCUUGUAAACAUUGAGCAGCAGUCCCCUGACAUUGCCCAGGGUGUUCACGGCCACUUCACCAAGCGCCCUGAGGAGAUUGGUGCUGGUGACCAGGGACACAUGUUUGGGUAUGCAACUGAUGAGAGCCCGGAGUUCAUGCCUCUCAGCCAUGUUCUUGCCACCAAGCUUGGUGCCCGCCUCACUGUGGUGCGGAAGAAUGGAACCUGCCCCUGGCUGAGGCCCGAUGGCAAGACCCAGGUGACUGUUGAGUACCGGAAUGACAAUGGUGCCAUGGUUCCUGUCCGUGUCCACACUGUCCUCAUCUCCACCCAGCACGAUGAGACUGUUACCAAUGAUGAGAUAGCUGCCGACCUCCAGGUGCAUGUCAUCAAGCCUGUCAUUCCUGAGCAGUACCUCGAUGAGAAGACCAUCUUCCACCUAAACCCCUCUGGCCGUUUCGUCAUCGGUGGACCUCAUGGCGAUGCUGGGCUCACUGGCCGCAAGAUCAUCAUUGACACCUAUGGUGGCUGGGGAGCCCAUGGUGGAGGUGCCUUCUCAGGCAAGGACCCGACCAAGGUCGACCGCAGUGGUGCCUACAUUGUGAGGCAGGCGGCCAAGAGCAUCGUGGCCAAUGGGCUUGCCUGCCGUGCCCUUGUUCAGGUCUCUUAUGCCAUUAGUGUCCCAGAGCCUCUCUCCAUCUUUGUUGACACCUACGGCACUGGAAAGAUCCCUGACAAGGAGAUCCUGAAGAUUGUCAAGGAGAACUUUGACUUCAGGCCUGGGAUGAUCACCAUUAACCUUGACCUGAAGAGGGGUGGCAGUGGCAGAUUCCUCAAGACGGCAGCUUAUGGACACUUUGGCAGGGAUGACCUAGACUUCACCUGGGAGGUGGUCAAGCCCCUCAAGUGGGAGAAACCAGCUGCCUAGACCCAGCAAUCUUUAUCUUAUCUGGGUACUUAUAAUAACUACUACUAACUGCUGCUGCUGCUCUCUUCUCUGUGUGUGUGUGUGUGUGUGUGUUGGCCCUACUUGUUUAUUAGCCCCCCUUUUUUUUGCUGUGUUGCUCUCUUUUUUUUCAUCUUUUGUUCUUUUAAUAUAUUUGGUCUUGGUCUUAAGUGGUGUUGAAGAAAAGGUCGAUUUGUGUGGCCGAAACAGAUGGGAUACAAGGGUGGAAGAAAGAAGGCAAAAAAGGUGCUCCUGGAGCUCCUUGGGUCCAAUAUAUCGUUUCAAAAUGGAAGCAACUUUUGCUAUUGUUUGUGAA